AAGAGAAUAUAUUCUCAUACACUUUUCUUAUCUUGUCAAUUAUUUUUUAAUUAAAGAACUAACAAUGAUUACAGGGUGGGUGAUGGCUAUAAAUAAUAAAAUUUCUUUUUUCUUACUCAACAAAUCAAUAAAAUUUCUAAAAACUACUAAUCAAAUCCGAAAUAAAAACUUUGAACGUCCUCUAGUUUAAGUAAUGAAAGGUAUUUGACAACCAAUAUUGACUUGACUUAUCAUUCCAACUUCUUUAGCUUCUACCUAAUAUAUACACCUAUCCAAUAACAUUUCUUAUUAUAUCUAUCUAUUACAACUAUAUAUACAUAUUCAUUCAUUUCUUCACACAUUCUCAUCUUUAGUACUCACAAAAUUGAAAAAUUAACAAUAAAUUUUAACCAUAUCAUAUGGUCAUGGCGAUCGCUUCAAUAGAAAGUACCAUGGCUUCAUCAUCAUCAUCAUCAUCAUCAUCAAGCAUCUUAACCAUGCACCAUGAUAUCAUCCAUACACACAUCCUAACACGUCUUGACGCCACCACGCUGGCCUCCACCGCCGCCACUUGCUCUCACCUCCGCCAUCUCUGCCACGACAACCAUCUGUGGCAGAAAACCGCUGCCACCACAUGGCCUUCCUUACUAGACCCCACAAUCUGCCAUGUCAUCUCUACUUUCCCAAACGGCCACCGUUCGAUAUUCUCUGACGCAUUUCACACCCUUCACCAAUACUCUUCCUAUUCAAAUGAUCAUCGGCCGUUGCCUCCUCCACCGGAACUUAUCUCUGCCGUGGACAUACACUACAAAGGUAAGCCGGUGUUUUCUAGAAUCCGGCAAACCAAAACGGAAAAGAACAUGUUUCUCUCAUCGCCGUUAUGGAUUGAAAUUAUGGAACCAAACGAGUUGGUUCCAAUGCCGGUGAAGUUUGUUAGAAAAGAAGAAGAAUGGAUUAAGCAUUUGGAAGAUAAUUUAUAUUUAAGCUGGAUCCUAAUCGACCCGACUAGGAAACGUUCAAUGAACGUAUCCAGCCAGAAGCCGGUUUCAGUACGGCGGCACUGGCUAACAAGAGACGUGGAGAUUUUAUUUUCAGUGAUCAUGGCAGGAGAGACGCGGCGCGCAACCGAAAUGGUGCAGUGUAUGGUGAAAGUCACGUGCUGUGGAAAAGUUGGAGGGGAGUUGCACGUGAGGGAGGUGAAUUUAGUGAUGGAGGAUAUGGAUGGAGGGAAGGUGAGUGGGAAAGAAGGGGUUGGGAUAUUGAUGAAAGCGAUGGAGUUUGGAGAGAGGAAGAAAGUUGGUGGAGAGGGAGAGAUGAAGAUGAGGUUUGAGAGAUUUUUGAAUUUGGUUAGGGAGAGGAGAGAGAUGAAGUUUAGGAGAAAGAAGCAAUGGGAUGGUUUUUCUAUGGUUGUUGCAUUUGUUGUUUGUGUUUGGUUUUGUUACUUGGCUGGUUUUUGAGAGGUUUUGAGUUUUCACUAUGAUUGUAAAAAUUUACAAGAUUUAUUAAUGAUGUACAUUGUCUUUACAUAAUUCUAAUCUAUUGCUAACCAAUAGUUUUA